UUAAGGGUGUAAUUCAGUGGUGCGCGAAAUGGGGGUCACAGAGAGUCCGUAAGGUAUAGAACAUUUUAAAUACAUACAUAAAUGGCAGCUAAUUUGUCCAAGUUCUUACCUUUUGAAAUGAGCAGUUGACGAUAACUCUAAUACUUGUAGAAUUGGAGAAAUUAUGUUUGAAAUGGUGGGUGUGUCAGUGAAACUGCAGUGAACAGAUACGAAAUUAUGGCUUCCAUUUAUGGGGUGACAAGUGAAAAAAAAAUGUUAAAGGACUAUGCACACUGGACGCGAGCAAGCAAAUAAAAAAUAAUUCAAACUAUUGAUUUAAAUGGAGUAAUGCACAACACAAGCGAAGCGAGAGGCGCGAAAUGAAGCUAGCGUCGCAAUGGACCAAUAAGAAAUAAGGUCAAAGGUAGUGGCUGUCAGACUGUCACUGUCUCACUCAUGCAGAGAUUACCACAGAAAUAAAAAAAAAAUGGACAUCAAUGAGAAUUUAUUUAUUAAAGUCAAAAAAUAUAAUGUUGUUUAUGAUGCCAGUGGUUAUAAAGACAAUAAAAAGGAUGCCACAUGGCAAGAAAUAGCAGAACAAUUGAAAAAUGAUGGUAUGUCUAUCUCCUGUUUUAUUUUUUUGUUUCACCUUAAUUUUAGUCAAAGUGACGGGGAGCACCACACACUGGUUUCAUAUUUCUGUAAAACGACGCUUCUUUGUUUUAAUAAUGUUGACCAAUAAUAAUAAUCACAUUCGCUCCUUAACAAGCCGGUGGUAUUCCCCAAACUGUUUCUUUUUUUUUUUUAGUGUGUGGUGUACCCGUACUCUCUUUCUUUCUUUGUGUUUUAUUUAAUUUAUUUCGUCUUUACUUUUCAUGACUAGUUACAAUUGUAGAGGGCAACAGCAGUUACAUUGGGUUCAUUGCAAUUGAGACAAAUUAAUAUGCAGCUGGGGACUAUAUUGAGCUGCUUAGUUUGUUGCAAUUGGUAUUAACUUGCAUAUUAGUUUAGUACCCUCCUCUGCACUAACGACGAGAUCAUCCCCAGUUAGUAUGCUCCUUUCAGUUCGUUGCAAUUACCCACUUUGUCUGUAGUGCAAUCAUGUGUUGUGGAGAUGCUAUGCAUCAAAUACAUUUUCUUUAUAUAUAGCUCAAUACAUGUAAUUUUAACAGGUAAAAAUAAUGCUUUUCCAGUAAAUUUCUGGGGAAUGCAUGUGGUUUAUAGUACAGUGCAGCGUAUAGGCGGAUAUGUGAAAAAGUAGGAUUUGCGAACAUCUAUAGAAAAAGCAUUUACACAUCCAUAAAUAGGUUAGUGAACAAAAAAAAAACACCAAAAGGCUGAUUGCUAUAACACUUUCUUUCUGUUUCCAUCGCGGAAGCUGCAUUUGCUGCCAAUGCCAUUACCCUCGUAGCUUUCUUUUAAUAUUUAUUUAUUUAACGAGGCGGUUAAUUGAUCAGGGCAGUUAUGUGACGGUCGGAUAUGCUGUAUCUUUUUGGUCACUGUGACAGGAUUGAAAGGAGUCCCUGUUGUAAUUCGCCCUCCCGACCACCGGCAGUGCUGUGUAGGGUUGACCGUGAUUGGGUCAGGAGGCUGAACUCUGACCAUACAGGAAGUUCCGGGUCAGGCGGCCAUCUUGGCCCAAGGUGGGACCAUGCGGCCGUCAGGUCCCAUCAUUGCAAUCAGCUGUGCUGUUCUCAUCGAUUGGCUGACGUGAGGCAGCGUGCUGAUUGCAGGGGUGGGACUUGGCAGUAUUUAAGCAGUAUGGUUUUGCCAUUCGGCCCCCUGUCCUGAACUGAAAACACGUGCUGUGCUUUGUUGUUGUUUUGUUUUAUCAAACUGCUGUAAUUCGCAGAAGCUUGAAACUUAAGGGACUUUGGUGGAUUGCCGCAGUGGAAGAAACCCAGGACAAGCCAGUAUCCGUGGAAGGGGGCCAGGAGGCGGUGAGAGGAAACCCACUGCAGGAGCACAGAGAAACCCAGUGCUUCCUUUAUUGUUGUGUGUAACGGGACGUUUUUGUUUAUUCUUUUUAUUUGAAACCUGAGUUUACCAUCGCUGGUAUUCCAGGUGGUUUUCUUGUUUAUUUUCUGGAAUACUGGACUGUUCUAUUUUUGUUUGUUAAAAUAAAAUCCUGCCUGUACCAUUGAAGGUACAGGGCUCCAAGGACUAAACGACACUUCCGGCUCCUGUGUGCUGUCAUUUCUGGUCCUUCCCUAAAGCUCCACCCACUACCCUCCCACAAGGUGGUGUCAGAAGUGGGAUGAGCAUGGACCGGCACACCCUGCAAGCCGUCUUGGAGGAUCAGGAGAGACACCGGGACGGUGUAGAGCGGCGUCGGGAAGAACGGGAUGCUCAGAGGGAUGCUGAGCGUUCAGCCCAUCUGACCGCGAUGACUGACAAGAUGGCGGCCAUGUGUCUGGCCAUUCAGAACCUGGUAGUGGCCCAGGCCCAGGCCCAAGCCCAGGUCCCGGCCGCAGCAGCUGGACCAGCACAGCCGACGCCCAAAAUCCGGCUGCAAAAGAUGACCUCAGAAGAUGACCCGGAGGCCUUCCUGACCACGUUUGAGCGGGUGGCUACAGUGUCAGGGUGGCCAGCCAGAUGUUGGGCGGCACAACUCGCCCCUUGUCUGACUGGUGAGGCGCAGGCAGCAUACCGGGCCCUGAGUAAUGUGGCAGCGGAGGAUUAUCCCCAGGUGAAGGCAGCUAUCCUCCAACGCCUCAAUAUCACUCCGGAAACGCAUUGCCGGCGUUUCCGGACCUACAAGCGUCCAGAGGGAACCCGGCCCCGCAUUGCGGCCCAGCAACUCUGGGACCAUCUGACCCGCUGGCUGCGUCCCACUGAACGGACCACCCAACAAAUCAUGGAGUCUGUGGGGGUCGACCAGUUCCUGGAGGUGUUGGAACCGGAGACUCGAGCCUGGGUCGCUCGCCACAGUCUCGAGACGAUGGACAAGGCCGUCGAACUGGCGGAGGCUUUCGAGGAUUCACUGCUUCGGGUGGACCCCAGUCCAGCCCCAGCAGUCCCAGUGAAGCAUCGCCCUUUACCAGCGCACCCAAGGACUGCAGCGAGGCCUUCAGUUUUCCCCGUCCCUUUGAGCGCCUCGACUCCAAGGUGGAGACCGAGGUUAGCUCCCAGCUGGGCCAGAGAGAAUCCCUGGACCCCCCCCCCCAGUGGUGGACCAAGGGACAAGCAGCCGUCUCCCACAGCGUUGCCUUCCCCUACCUGCUUCCGGUGCCAUGAGGUGGGACACAUCGCGAGAUUCUGUCCUGCCGCAAUGGAGUGUGACGUGGCCUUGCGAUGUCCGGACGCAGAGGGUGAAGCUUGAAACUUAAGGGACUUUGGUGGAUUGCCGCAUUGGAAGAAACCCAGGACAAGCCAGUAUCCGUGGAAGGGGGCCAGGAGGCGGUGAGAGGAAACCCACUGCAGGAGCACAGAGAAACCCAGUGCUUCCUUUAUUGUUGUGUGUAACGGGACGUUUUUGUUUAUUCUUUUUAUUUGAAACCUGAGUUUACCAUCGCUGGUAUUCCAGGUGGUUUUCUUGUUUAUUUUCUGGAAUACUGGACUGUUCUAUUUUUGUUUGUUAAAAUAAAAUCCUGCCUGUACCAUUGAAGGUACAGGGCUCCAAGGACUAAACGACACUUCCGGCUCCUGUGUGCUGUCAUUUCUGGUCCUUCCCUAAAGCUCCACCCACUACCC